AUGGGGAGCCGCGCUCUUGGCGCGGCGGAUGAAUCCAGGGCUUGGCCGGCCGCCCCUAGAGCGCGGGGCUCUCACGGGCAGCUCCCGCCCGCUCCGCCCAUGGCCUCCCCGCUGGAGGACCCUGUCCUGAUCCGGUCUUUCUGCGGCCACACGGCGGCAGUGACGGGCGUUGCUUUCAACACGAACGCGGCGGGGCUGGUUACCUGCUCUGUGGAUAGGUUUCUUAUAUUGUGGAAGCUGAAGACACAGCACAGAGCCUACAGAUUUGCAGGCCAUGUGGAAGCAGUUACAAGUGUAGAGUCCUCACCAGAUGGGCAGGUGCUGGCUUCAGCUUCUCACGAUCACACUGUCAGGCUAUGGAUUCCUUGCAUUAAUGGAGAAUCAUCUGUAUUGAAAGGUCAUACAGCAUCUGUUAGGAGUGUGAGCUUCUCUCAUGAUGGCUACUCUGUAGUUUCAGCAUCCAAUGAUAAAUUAAUAAAAAUAUGGAGUGUUUGCUAUCAGCGCCUUUUGUUUACCCUAUUCCAACAUACUGCUUGGGUUCGCUGUGCCAAAUUUUCGCCUGAUGGAAGAAUAAUAGCAUCUUGUGGUGAGGACAAAUCUGUUAACAUCUGGGAUACAAGAAAUAAAAUUUGUAUUCAUAGCUUCUCAGAUUAUGAAGGAUUUGCAACUUUUGUGGAUUUCAACCCAAGUGGAACAUGUAUAGCUUCUGCAGGUUCCAAUAGCACAGUGAAACUAUGGGAUAUUCGAAUGAACAAGCUACUGCAGAAUUUCAAAGUUCACAGAGCAGGGGUUAAUUGUAUAUCAUUCCAUCCUUCUGGUAACUACCUCAUCACUGCUUCUACUGAUGGUACCCUUAAGAUUCUGGACCUCUUAGGAGAACGACUUAUUUACACUCUUCAUGGACACAAGGGACCUGUACUUUGUGUUGCUUUUUCGAAAGGUGGUGAAAAAUUUGCCUCAGGUGGAAUGGAUGCUCAGGUAUUACUAUGGAAAAACUUUGAUACUUUGGAUUAUGAAGAGAUUCUCAAACACAACUUUAGAAGAACACAUAUUGAUGAUCCUCCUCAUCCUGAUAUUUAUCCAAGGUCAUCGCACUUCCAUGGUGAAAAACCUAAGUCAUUCAGGUGAGUCAAUCCUACCUUUGAUGUGCCUGAUAAACGAACACCUGACCCAACUGUCAUCGAUAUUAGACCAUCUUCGUGUAUCAGUACUCCUAGUAUUGGUGAAAGUGAAGAACUGCUGAUCCCUGCUUCUCCCUUGGCAAGAAGUUCAAAAAGGAAGGCAGAGAAUGAGAGCAAGUCAGCUCUGCAUAGUGUGAAACAGCGCAGAGGCAACUCCUCCAUGAACCGUGCUUUGGACCACAUUGUGGGGCAGCUGGAUAUGUUAACUCUAACUAUUUCAGUCAUGGAACGUCGUCUUACUUGUACUGAAGAUAAAUUGAAAGAAUGCAUAAAAGAUCAGCAAAAAAUGUUACUUAAAAGGAAAACAGAACUAAUAAAAUAUGAAAAUGAACUAUGUUGAUGAAUAUGUUUCAUAAAACCACAAAGAAUGUUUUUCUUCACUGGAUUUUGCUAUAAGCAGAAACAUCAAAGAACGUAAUAAAAAUGGAAGAAUU